GUGUGGUGGGAGGGAGCUGGAAAGACGCGUGUGAGAGCUGCGGCGAGUUGGAGCGCGUCUUUGGAGAGAAGAAAAAAAGCAGAAGGAAGAGGACUCGCUGUGACUUUUUUUUUGUCCCCCUCUCCUCAUCCCUUUUCCAGAUUUCUGUUAGCCGACUUCACUGCCUCUGGAGUUCGGAGUUGGAGAGAGGAUUCCUGGCGCCUCGCUGAGCUGACGGUGGAACCAAUGUGCGUAAAAGGGCUCUGCCUGCUCACCGUCCUGUCUGGACUCGCAGCUUCAGGUGUGCUGCAGGUCAGCGGGAUGCGUAUCUACACAUCCGGGAAUGUCGAGGCGGUCAAUGGGACAGAUAUCCGUCUAAGGUGCACGUUUGAGAGUUCAGCUCCAAUCAACGCCAAUUCAGUCAUCAUCUCCUGGAGUUUCAGACCCCUGAAGCCAGGCCGAGAGGAGUCGGUGUUCUACUACCAGCAGCGAGCAUAUCCUCCUUUGGAGGGCAUCUUCAGGAAGCGCAUCGUCUGGGCUGGUGAUGUCAUGGGCCAAGAUGCAUCCAUCAUAAUUCGAGAAGUCAAGUUCACCUACAAUGGUACCUAUAUUUGUCAGGUGAAGAACCCUCCCGAUGUCCACGGCUCGGUUGGACAGACUCGACUCAGCGUUGUCCUCACAGCCUCCUUCUCCGAACUGCUCUUCCUGGUCUUGGCCAUCGGAGGUGGUAUAGCUGCCGUGGUCAUUAUCCUCGUCGUCAUCCUGUCGUGCCGAAGGUACAAGAGGAGACAGCAACACCUGAGAGGGAACGAAGAGGCUCCCCGCAAAGAGAGAAAAGACCCCACGGCGUGUCACCCAUCAAAGGCUGUCCACCUCUACGUAUCAGAGACUUCCAUUGAGAUUGACAGUUCAGACGGCAUGAUCUCAGACGCCAGCACCAAAGACUCCAGCUCCUCAGAGGAGGAGGGCCCUAGCUCAGACGAUGACGAUGGCGGCGGCGACUCUGACUGAAGAAGUGGCGAUAGGACGGCCAGGGAGCUUGCUGGAGGGGACGCCCAGGUGGGGCCUAUGGACCCCACUCUUCUGCAGAGGGGCGGCUAGGUAAAGGAAAAGUGUUGCCAAUGUGAUGAACUAAAGCACAAUGUUCCAGAAUGUGAGGAAACUAAAACUUUGAAGAUUUAAAAGCAGGAACAAAGAUAUUAAUCCUUCUGAUUAAGAAGUACAGUCGUUUUACUUUCCUGAAGAAAUAUUGGACUAAACUUGAAUAAAACUGCAGGGCUUGUACAGAAAACUGGCCUGGCUACUGUUGGGAAGGUAAAAAGGGUUCGAUUCUUGUUCACACUCUGCUGAGGCAUGGAUCUUGUUAAAUGCUGAAAGUCGAUGGCAAAAUCAGUUGAUAAACGUGUCUGAUCUCACCAGAGAUAUAAGAAUGGAAGUGGAAAAGCAAAACGUGCUUGCGACCGUGAUGAGCCAGACAUAACUCUUCAAGUUACAACCAUUACAAACAAUUUCACUGUUCAUGGUCUUUUAAAAAUAUAUUUUUUAGCUUGAAUUGUUACUGGCCUUCCGCUUCGAGACGUUGUACUCUCCAUCACAGCUAGGUACCUUUGAAAAAUGUGUUUUUUAAUGAAAGCCGAGCAGCUAAUCAUUUGAGGAGGAACUGAGUGCACCUGCCCUGAGAGUCGCGUGGGAGCGAACAGUCAGAUCUGAAAACCCUUGGAUCACUAACCCACGACAGUAACGCCUGUCUGCCAAGCUUGUACCACAGACUCUGUACCCGUCUUUCAUAUGUUUAUAGUGUUUAUUUUUCCAGAGCUAAUACCAGAAAUGUUUUAUUGUGUUGUUGAAAACUUUCAUAUAUAUGUAUUUGUUAUAGAGCUUUUAUAAAAACAAAAGAUUUUCUAAUAAAAAUUACUUGAUUUCUUUG